UAUCUCUUGGUAUAUCAAUUAUACUCUGAUAAUUUUCGCGUUUUAUAUGGAAGACUCUGAUAUGAAAUAUUAUUUACUAGCGGUCGUGUAAUUUAACAGAUGUAUUUUAUCCAUUACUCUAGAUGGAUUUAAAAGUUAAUUUAUGUCGCUUUGGCACAAUAAUCACUAACGGCUUCUGAACAUUUGUUAUGUGUCAUAACAGUGCACGAAUAUUAGAUACGUCCUAUUUAUAUAUACAAAUAUAUAUACAAAUAUCUAGUUCGUUCUCCUUAUAAAGACAACAUAUUUCUUUAAUCGUCAGUUUGUUGCAUUUCGCUGAAAAGGAAAGCGAGUGGAUUACGACUUUGGAAGUAUUAUUUUUCCUGUGUAGAAGACAACAAACAUUAGGAAUAAGAAUAACAUAUAUGGAACAUUUACAUAUUUAUAUAUUUAGCUACAUUUCGAUGUGCGCUGCUCAUUGGACGUCUCCAAAUUUCGUUACGAAUAAAGAUCAAUAUUUAAACAUGGACGAGCAAGAUUGUUUGGAUGCUUCACCACAUGAUCAUCUAUUGAUUAAUAAAACACGGCCAAUUAGAUAUACUAUAAAUUUCGAUAUACAUCCGAGUUAUAAUAGAACUACCAGUACAACUAGUAUUAUGCUCAUUGUUGACGAACCAACUAGAGACAUAAGAUUGUACGCUUAUGAAUUGCGUAUCCUCGAAAAUAUGAUAAGUCUAAAGAAUAUAAAUACUUCCUCAUUAGAAUUUUACACGGUCCACGGUUACUAUUAUUGCAGACAAUCGCAGAUCUUGGACUUGCAGUUUGAUAAAAUUAUAAUUGCAGGAGUUUAUAACUUAACAAUUUACUCCGAAGUUGCUUCUCCCAUGAAAAGUAUAUUUGAGUACGAGUAUAGCAAUGAAAAUACAAAUUGUGAGAAAGCAAGGUUGUUUAUUAUGAACUUUGAGACAAGGGGGGCUCGAAGAAUGAUUCCCUGUUGGGACCAGCCCGGAAUAAAAGCAAUUUUCAACAUAUCUGUCAAGCAUCCUAAGGAAUACAGAUCUUUUUCAAAUAUGCCCAAAAUACUCAAAGAUUGUAGGCAAGAUUUUUGCUGGACUUAUUUUAAUGAAACACCUUUGAUAUCCCCUACUACAAUCGUGAUUGCUCUGGUUGAAAACAAUGUCAAAAGUAAUGAAACAUCUGAAGAUGAAAUUGACUUAAUUUGGUAUCGCUCCGAACUAGAGACAGUCACAUUACUACAUACAUUAAGAACAAUUGAACAGGUCAAGGUAUUCUUGAUAUUCAUGACGGGUUUACUCAAUAUGCCAAAGAGGAAUCACAUAUUGUUCCCAAGUAAUAUAAUAAACCCAAUAGGAUAUUUUGGCCUUAUAAUAUACCGUGAAAAAGAUCUUCUAUAUAAUGGAUAUUUCGAUUUCGCUGGCUGCAAACUUUAUAUAACCGAGAUAAUUUCAUACCAAAUGGCACGUGAGCAGUUUAGAGGAGUGAUUACCGGGUUUUGGUGGACCGAUCUGUGGUUAGGCGAAUCACUUUCGAAGCUUUACAGUCAUUACAUCGUGGACAAGAUUUUCAGCCACUUACAAUUAAUGGACCUUUAUGCGAUUCAAAUUCUUCAACAAACUCGUUACCAAGAAAUUAAUUGUCAAAUGAAAGCUCUUUCCGAAUAUAAUAUACAGGUUGUGGAUGAAAUUGAUGUUGCUCUCUGUUCUCAUUGGUAUUAUAAUAAAGGUGAGUGUUUGGAGAUUAAAAAAAAUGCUCACAUGUUUCUGAACGGAAACAGUGUAUAGAUUAUGCUACUU